AUGGCUUCUGGAUCAGCGGUUUCAGACCCGUCGUUAAACGGGGUUUCGUCCACACCGGGUGAGAACGAGUACCCGUCGGGUUUCCCUCAGAGCAUCUGCGAUGAAGUCCCGAAGGAGAAGUACUUAUGCAGCAACUGUAAUAAUGUCUUGAAUAAAGCGCGUCAAACGGUGUGCGGUCACCGCUACUGCCUCGCGUGCGUGAACUGGCUGGACCAUCAGAGUCAGUGUGAAUAUGCCCUGAUCCCUUGCAACAUUGGCUGUGGCUUAAUGGUGCAGAGGAAAUCACUGGCUACACAUCUGGAGGGAGGCUGUCCCAACAACAAGACCACAUGUCCCUCUUGUUCAGGUGUCCUGACACUGAGAGAACUCCAGAAGCAUGUUUGUCCCAAUUCAGGUGAUAAGAAGACGACGAAGACAGAUAAACGACAAAAGAAUAAUCACCCAGGCAGCUCAAAAAAGAAGGAGCCAUGCAUUUUCUCAGACGUUGGUUGUCCUUUUAAGGGCAAUGCAGACAAAGUAAAAGAACAUGAAUCCUGCAGCCAUGUUGGCCAUCUACAGCUUCUCUUGGAUGUGACCAGAGCUCUUCAGCGUACCUUGAAUUCUUCAGCUGAGCAAAGCCACCAUGAAAGCCCUGAUCUUCUUCUGCCUGGACAGUGUGGUGCUUCCCACAUUGAGGGUGAGAUUGAGACCGACGGAGGGGAUCCAGGAGUGAGUGAUAAGGCCCUCAGUCUCCACGAUGAUCAGGCUGAACUUGCUGUAGGCCAGCAACUGGACGCUCUACAGCAGAGAGUGCAGGUUAUGGAGAACAUCAUCUCAGCUUUGAACCGAGAGGUGGAGAAGACGCAGAUCAGUGUGCUUGUGCUGGAGAGGGACAAUUACAACAGUCAGCAUCUCAUUCAGCACUUGGAAACCAAGGUAGCGGAACAGCUGCAGAGACUGGUCAGGAAAGACAUUCACAUCACUUCAUUGCAGCAGUGUAUCAGCGCCCAGCAGGACAUCUCAUAUGAUGGCACCUUUCUCUGGCGGUUGUGUGAUGUCAGCCAGAAACUGAGAGAGGCUGCCACCGGCCAAAAGAUCAGUCAGUACUCGCCAGGUAUCAAAGCACAUAUCUCUCCUUCAUGUGCCAUCAGCAUUUUCCGUGACCUUCCGCUGACAUCUCCUGCACGUGCCUGGCAGGUCACGUUCUUUCUCAUAGAUCAGAACCAGAGGGAGCAUGUCAUCGACGCUUUCCGUCCCGACCUCUCCUCUGCAUCUUUCCACUGCCCCGUCUCAGAGAUGAAUGUGGCCAGCGGGUGCCCCCUGUUCUUCCCUCUGGGGAAAUUGAAGUCGCCUAAGCAUGCCUAUUGCAACGAUGACACCAUCUAUAUCAAGUGCGUGGUGGACAUCUCCUCCUGA